CUCCAAUAUUUUUUGCACAACGUAACUUGAAAAUAUGCCGACCUGUUGACUUAGUAGUUUUUUCUGUGGGGAAGCUACCCCCUACUCCCACCACCCUGUCUUGUACGCCUUUGACCUUAGCAAAUCAUAUAUUUGAACACGCCACUAAAAUAAUUCGCUAUAUCGUUCUUACAGGCGAUUGUUCAAAGACAAAGAAACCUAGUUUGGUGUGGUUUGACACAACUGUAAGUACCCAAAUAUAUUCUGCCUUAUAUGCAGUCUUAAGGCUGAUUUCCACUCAUCGCAAAACCAACUCGCAAGCCUGUUGCGAGUGCUGUAAUAAUGUAAUAAUGUAGUCGAUAAUUGUGAUUGGGCAGUAUAGUUUGUAUGUUAUAUACAUGUCCAUAUUAGACAAAUUAGUAUAUAUAAUGGUUUAAUCUUUGUUUAACACUUUUACACAGAGAACUUCUUAUUAACGGAGCAAAAUAAUGUCAUGGAAUGAUUCUCUUCGGAAAGGGAAAAGAGACCUUCGGGCUUCAAAUUUUGAUGAAUGGCGAGGGGCACCUUGGCCUAAUUAUGUAACAAACCUAGACAGGGAGUUCCCCUACAGCGAAUAUCCCAGAAAUCAUCCCUACGAAUACUAUUCGUUUCAGCUGCCACGUCAUAACUCAUAGCAGAUAUUCGACUUCUCGGGCGAGGGAAGGCUCGAUGUCCAAGGCUUAAUUACCAGCUUUCCUGAAGAAUACAGUGUCAAUCAUCAAUUCCAACUGGUAUCCCAUGGUGCUGAUAUUGGAAAGAAGAUUCUAAAUAGAAUACCAACUAUAAACUACGAGACAUUUAGUGUUGAAAAAUAUGUAUCGGAUAGUAUGUACGUUUGAUAUCAUUACGCUAAUGGGCGCACCCAUUUAUGAUUCAACUGCUACUGAAAUUGCCAGGAUAAUCAGUGGUAACUCAAAUUCUCUGGUGGUUGCCUAUGGAUUAUCUAAAAGUGACGAGGGCAUCAACAAAUUGAAAAGUGCGCUUGACGCUAAACAGCUGCUUAUAUUAGCAGAUUAUAUUUUACCGUCUCCACUUAAUGAAAUUACAAUCGAUACACAUGUAGCGUUUUGCCCGUUAAAUUCUGUGGUCUCAAAAGCAAAGUCUUAUUUUCUCGGUGGAAAAAUGCAUUCUUCUGGAAAAAUUUUAUGUUCGCUUCAAAGAAGUUCGAAUAUCCACGAUUCUGCAAGAAAAGCACUUAGGGACUUUUUUUGCUACACAAAUGUGGCUACACAAAUGUUGUAAAAAUUGUGCGAUCCGACUACACAAACUUAUAGCUUCAGUCAAGCUACGGAAAUGUCCUAGCAGACUGGUAGCCUACGUGGGGUGGGACAGCAUCAAACGACAAAUCAACGUCGGAUUUGAUAUGUUGUCUCACCCCGGGUAAGGAGGUAUUUUCAGUAUGUAUUGAUUACGUCACGUCCACGAUCGUGCCCGAGCAGCUGCCCUAAGUAUUUUGAACAGUAUCCGAAAGUGAGGCGAUUUUGGCUCCGUUCGUCGCUAAAUUGGCCCAAACUAUGAUCAAACCACAUUAUUUAGUAAGAAAAAUCUUUGUGAAAAGAUGUAAUCGAAUUUAUUUUGGCGUACGACAAGUUUGAACGGAGAUAUUUGACUUUGAAGGCGAUGCGGUCGUGCCGCUAGUUAUUAGCCUUUUACUGUUAUAUUAUAUAUAAUGAGCACACACAAUGUAGGCCACAGAAAAUGUUACAUCAACCGCGCUGAUAGAUUAAUUAAAAGAAUGCAAAGGUAUUAUACUAUCAUGUCAACUAUAUUUUAUUGUUAAAAUGUAUUUUUUUUACUAAUUUGAGAAUGUUUUUAGAAUAGUUUUGGUUGACUAUAAAUUUGUUUAUAAAAACCGUUAAAAACCCGCAACACCUGAUCAUUCAUUCUG